ACGCCUACGAUGUCGGAAUCUGACAUACCUGCACGAUGUUUAGGUGAAACUGGAGCAUUGAGUUUUAAAACGCCUACGUCCCAAGACUAUAAAGAGACACAAGAACUUGAAUCAAUACUUGUCAGCAUGAAUAUUUUUGAGACGAUUGAUGAGAUUGCUCAACGCCGAGAAGCUCUGGUUCGUCUUCAGGAAAUAUCAAAUAAAUGGAUAAGGAAGAAAGCCCUUGAACAAAACCUCCCUCCUCAUGUUGCAAACUCGACGACAGGGAAGAUUUUUACCUUUGGUUCUUAUCGAUUGGGAGUCAAUUUUUGCGGUGCCGAUAUCGAUUCCCUCUUGGUCGUCCCAAGAUUUAUCACAAGAGAAGAGUUCUUUGACGAAUUUAAAUGUGUAUUGGCCGAGAAUCCUUAUGUUGAGGAUCUGUAUGCCGUUGUGGAUGCGUUUGUUCCUGUUCUUAAAAUGAAAUUUAUGGACGUUCAGAUUGAUUUACUUUUUGCUCAAAUCGAUUUAAUGUCAGUCUCUGACAACUUCAAUCUGUGCGAAAAUACCGAGCAACUCUUAAGAAACAUGGACAGCAGAGAUGUUCGUAGUAUUAAUGGUGUUCGGGUCACAGAAGAUAUGCUAAAUUUAGUAUAUAGAAAAGAUACAUUCAAAACUGCCCUUAAGGUAAUUCGAAUUUGGGCGAAGAGACGGUGUAUAUAUUCUAAUUCUCUUGGCUUCCUUGGUGGCGUAAGCUGGGCGAUAUUAGUCGCUAGAGUUUGUCAACUCUACCCUCAUGCCACUCCUUCCAUGAUUGUUUGCCUAUUCUUUACUAUUUUCAGUCAAUGGCCUUGGCCUAAACCGGUUAGAUUGAGGGAAACGGAGCAUAUUCCAUCGCUCUCAUUAUCAGUCUGGGAUCCAAGAGUAAGUCUAAACCUCUGGUUUAUAUAA